AUGACUUAUAAAUCUGAAAAUACGAAAACUAUCGUCUUUGGCUCGGUAAUCGCCACGGGUGUACUCGCUGUCGUUGUAUUCGUCAUCGUUCUUUGCUGGCAGAUUAGAAGGAAAGCUGCGGAUUACAAGAACGAUGAGAGUAAUAUUCAAUACAAGAAUUCCCCUCAAGACAAGCUCUUUCAGUCGAAUCACAACACGAGUCAUAUAAACCUUAAAUCGCCUACAACGACUCCCUCAACUAGGUCCAGUGCUAGCUCCUUCUUUAAUCAGCCCAGUUCCUGGAUAGAUAAAGACUUUAACCAAUUGAUUAACAAGGAGAGCAUAAAAGGUGUUAAGUUUAGCAAUAAAUUAGAAUUUGUCGAUGACCACCCGCAAUCGCCAUUAUCUUCCACCUGGUCACUUGACCCAGAGUCUAAAAACUCACGCAGCUCCUUGGCUUAUUUGAAUGAGCUACCAAUAAAACCCAAACCAGCAGCGAAUACUGCGAACAAAUCCAGUCACUUAACUUUAAUGGUUGACAAAGACAUGGUCAAAGAUGUUCUACCAAGCUAUUAUAAAGAUGAAGAUAGUGUAUUCAACGUUUAUCAUGAGAGGUGCAAAAGCUUAAGAUGA